CAGGCGCGGGGGGCCGCGGAGCUUUCUGGGAAAGAUAAAGAUGGACGCUCACGACCUGUUUCGCCGGCUGGGCGCAGGGGCCAAGUUUAACGUGAGACGCUUCUCCGCAGACGCAGCCCGAUUCCAGGUAGGAAAAAGGAAAUAUAACUUUGAAUCAUCGGAGGGGCUGCAGGGAUUAGACUUUUUUGGAAACAAGAAAUCUGUCCCAGUUGAGAGUGGAGCACCAGGAACACAUCAAGAGGUCCAAAAUGAAGACGAAAAAGAAGAGCACCUAACUGCAGGGAAGGAGGAGCAGAAUAAAAGAAAAAGGAAGAAAAAGAAGAUGACUUCAGAAGUUACUGUUGGUGAAGAAGGCACUACUAUACAGUGGAUGCCAUCUGUGGAAGCAAAGAUUGAAGAUAAAAAAGUUAAAGGAGAACAUAAACUGACCUCAGGAAAGUUGGAACAUCUCAGACAGGAAAAGAUAAACUUCAUCCGGAAUAAACACAAAAUUCAUGUCCAAGGAACUGAUCUUCCCGACCCAAUUGCUACGUUUCAACAACUUGAUCAGGAAUAUAAAAUCAAUUCUCGACUGCUUCAGAACAUUCUAGAUGCAGGUUUCCAAAUGCCGACGCCCAUCCAAAUGCAGGCCAUUCCAGUUAUGCUACAUGGUCGAGAACUCCUGGCUUCUGCUCCUACUGGAUCUGGAAAAACUUUGGCUUUUAGCAUUCCUAUUUUAAUGCAGCUGAAACAACCUGCAAACAAAGGCUUCAGAGCCCUGAUUAUAUCACCAACACGAGAACUUGCUAGCCAGAUUCACCGGGAGUUAAUAAAAAUCUCUGAGGGAACAGGAUUCAGGAUACACAUGAUCCAUAAAGCAGCAGUAGCAGCCAAGAAAUUUGGACCUAAAUCAUCUAAGAAGUUUGAUAUUCUUGUGACGACUCCAAAUCGACUAAUCUAUUUAUUAAAGCAGGAUCCACCAGGAAUAGACUUAACGAGUGUUGAGUGGCUGGUGGUAGAUGAGUCAGACAAACUGUUUGAAGAUGGCAAAACUGGCUUCAGAGACCAACUGGCUUCCAUUUUCCUGGCCUGCACAUCCCACAAGGUCAGAAGAGCUAUGUUCAGUGCAACUUUUGCAUAUGAUGUUGAACAGUGGUGCAAGCUCAACCUGGACAAUGUCAUUACUGUAUCCAUUGGAGCAAGGAAUUCUGCAGUAGAAACUGUAGAACAAGAACUUCUCUUUGUUGGGUCUGAGACUGGAAAACUUCUAGCCAUGAGACAACUUGUUAAAAAGGGUUUCGAUCCUCCUGUGCUUGUCUUUGUUCAGUCCAUUGAGAGAGCUAAAGAGCUUUUUCAUGAACUCAUAUAUGAAGGUAUUAAUGUGGAUGUUAUUCAUGCAGAGAGAACACAGCAACAGAGGGAUAACACAGUCCACAGCUUCAGAGCAGGAAAAAUCUGGGUCCUUAUUUGUACAGCCUUGCUAGCAAGAGGGAUCGAUUUUAAAGGUGUGAACUUGGUGAUCAACUAUGACUUUCCAACCAGCUCAGUGGAAUAUAUCCACAGGAUAGGUCGAACUGGAAGAGCAGGACAUAAGGGGAAAGCUGUUACAUUUUUCACCGAAGAUGAUAAACCAUUAUUAAGAAGUGUUGCCAAUGUUAUACAGCAGGCCGGUUGUCCCGUACCAGAAUAUAUCAAAGGCUUCCAAAAAUUACUAAGCAAAGAAAAGAAAAGGAUGAUUAAGAAACCAUUGGAAAGAGAGAGCAUUAGUACAACUCCAAAAUAUUUCUUAGAAAAAGCUAAAGCUAAACGGAAAAAUGUUACUUGUCAGAGGAACAAGAAAGUAGCUUUUGAUGGCAAAAGUUAAAAACAGACUUUAUGACUAUCCAGAAGUAAUUUUAUGAUCCCAGAGUAAAUGCUGUUUUUAUGGACUACUUUAAGUCAAGUCACCUGUACCAAAUAUUUGACAUCAUCUACAAGCACCUGGGUUGGUGAAAGCAAUCCUAAAGUAGCAACGCGUCCUGUCACAUUUUGAUUUAUCGGUGACUCUUAAAUGGUUAUUUAGUGGAAAUAACAUU